UAUGGAUAUAAUAUAAGGGUAAUAUAUUUCACAGCAUCUUCCAUAUUACAGACCCGUGGGGCUUAUUGAUAAGGUCUAUAUAUUUUAUGGGGAUGAACGGCCUAGGUUAAAAGGUUGGUCACAGAGAUAUGUUGAAUCGAAAGUCCAGUUGUUGUCCGAUCGACUAUAAAAGCUCCAAUUUGAGCUCGAGCUGGACACAGUUGAAUUUUUCCAAGCAAAGUAUUGUCAGCUCCGACGAAAGAUGCCUGCCAACAAGUGCUACAUCCUUCUGCUCCUGGCCUGCUGUCUGCUUGCACUCGUUGCUGGCGAUGUGGCGGGCAGCCUUUUGCGACGCCAGCGAUCUGUGGUUGUAACAGCUGGAAAGGAUCAGGCGGGAAGUCCGCUGGGCGUUUACUAUAAUCCUCUACUUACUAAUCGCGAUGUCAAUCGUGAUUUUGUUAACAAACGUAAAGAACACGGCGGAGCCGUUGACGGCAGAUGGCCUUAUUAAUUAAAGGAUCUGACAGAAUAAAUACAAUUCUGCAUCAUAACAAUAAAUUAGAAAUACAUAUAUAUAUAUAUAUAAAGAAGGCGUGACUGU